GCAUCAGUGUCUAGGCAUUUAUCGGUUAUCAGAGGAAUUGGACUAAAAAAUACGUACAAGUAGCGAAUGAGAAGGAAAUACGAAAACGCAUUUGAGUCAGUGAUGGGCUUUUUCACUUUUGCUUUUGGUGUAGGCGUGUGAUUUGAAUAGUAAAAGGCACGCAGGAACAAAGAAGAGACCCUUGGGCUACCAAAAGCGUUUCUGUCCGGGAAUCUAAUGGUAAUGGAGAACGAAGAGGAAUACCAAGAGGUAAUAAUUGAAUCAGGAAAGGACCAAGAGGAUGAUGGCACAGAAGAUGAUGAUGAUGAUGAUGAAGAUGAUGAUGAUGACGAUGACUUGGAUAGAGAAACAGAGAAAUGGAUGAAGCACUACUCAUCCAAGCAGAGAAUAUUGUUGGUUGGAGAGGGAGACCUCUCCUUCUCCCUAUGCUUAGCCAGAGCAUUUGGCUCUGCCCGCAACAUGGUUGCCACUUCUCUCGAUACUCAGGAGGAUCUAGCGAAGAAGUACAGUUAUGGGAUAGGGAAUGUGAGGGAGCUGGAAGAGAGGGGCUGCUUGGUGUUGUAUAAAGUUGAUGCCCUGGAGAUGAGCCAACAUUUCUUCCUCAAGACUCAGAGGUUUGAUAGGAUCGUCUACAAUUUCCCUCACGUUGGAUUUCUCUACCCCGAGGAUAACAAUUGCCAGAUCAAGUUGAACAAGAGAUUGGUGAAGGGUUUUUUGAAGAAUGCUAAAGUUCUCUUACGGAAACAAGGAGGGGAGAUUCAUGUGUCACACAAGAAGGGUAACCCUUAUGACAGAUGGGAUUUAGUGAAGAAAGCAGAGAAGAUAGGCCUCGUUUUGCAUGAAGUUGUGCCCUUCAGCAGGGAUGACUAUCCAGGUUAUUACAAUAAGAGAGCCCAUGGUAGCCUUUCCGAUGCUCCAUUUCUCCUUGGGGAUUGCAGAACUUAUAAGUUCCGGCUCUCCCCUCAGUUUGCUUAGAAUGGCUACUAGAAAUUGUACACUCUUGUUGGAUCAUGUUUGGGACUUUUUAGAAAUGUCCAUGUUCUCUUCUGGAGUAAUCUAAUGCUUGUGAAAAUUAAGGGUUGCUCCUCCAA